AUGGCCGCUGGCGCCUCAUCGCACUCCCUGAAGUAUUUCUCCUUCUCCAUGUCGGACCCCAGUCAGGGGCAGCCCCAUUUUGUCUCUCUGGGGUUUGUGGACGGUCAGGUCUUUGUUCACUACGACAGCAACAGCCGGAAGCUGCAGUCUCGAGUCCCCUGGAUGGAGAAGGUGGGGAAGGACGACCCCCAGUACUGGGACAGAGAGACUCAGAAAAAAUGGCACCAAGAGGAGAAGUUCAGUGAAAGCCUGGAGGCUCUGAGGCUUCGCUACAAUCAGAGCGAAGGCCUUCACACAUUGCAAUGGAUGUAUGGCUGUGAGCUCCGGGGAGACGGGAGCAAAGGAGGGUUUAUGCAGUAUGGAUACGAUGGGAGGACCUUCAUCACCUUCGACAAGGAGAGACUCACCUGGGUGGCUCCCCAUCCCCAGGCCCAGAUCAGCCAGAGGAAAUGGGACGCUAUUCCGGGAUACAAUCAAAAGUAUAAGUCCUAUCUGGAGAAGGAAUGCAUUGAGUGGCUGGUGAGGUAUCUGUCGUACGGGAAGGAGACACUGCUGAGGAUAGAGCCCCCAGAGGUGACCAUGAGCAGCAAGAUGGAGGUGGAGGAUGGGAUGGAGACGCACGUCUGCCGCCUGGAUGGCUUCUACCCCAGGGAGAUCAAUGCCGUCUGGACGAGGGACGGGGAGGUCUGGCUGCAGGACACCUUCCGUGGCUCCGUGGCCCCCAACGCGGAUGGGACCUUCCACGCCUGGCUCAGCAUCCCGAUCGAUCCCCAAGAGAGGGGCCGCUAUCGGUGCCACGUGGAGCAUGACGGCCUGCAAGAGCCUCUGGACAUGGCUCUGAAGGAAGUUGGUGGGCCUGCAGGGACCAUACCAUGGAACUGGCUUCAGGGGAUGUAAAGGAAACUACAGAAUCCCGUCACAAGAGCUGGCAGAUCCUGAUGAAAUGCCCUUAGAUAACUUAGCCUUUCUUCGUCCCCUGUUUCCUACCUGCAGCAGAGGAGUUAUGCUGAGCACAGAUACACUCUUGUUUAAUUUUAGAUUUGUUACAAAAAUCAGGAGGUGUCUGGGAGCCCCCAUUUUGAGUACCAAAUUUUGUUAAGAUUUGUGAACUGCAGCUAAAUUCAUGAAAUGGGUAAAGUGGCAGGACUGACACAUCGUUAUUUAGACAAGGGGCUGGUGGUCUCAUUUUUUUCCCAUCAGAAACUACCACACCCUUCUCUCUUUACAGUGUGAUGUCCUUCACUUGGGAAACAAAAAUGGGUGGAGAAUACCUGGCUUGCUAAAAAACAUUUUGUAAUGGCGGUUGAUAGGAGACUGGAUAGGAGUCAGAAGCAUAAAGUGUAUACACAUGCAUAGUGUAUGUUUAUAUGUAUAAAGUGUAUAGAUAUACACAUACACUAUGUGUGGAUAUACAUUAUAUUCACACAUAUAUACAUUAUAUCCACACAUGCAUGAGCACACAAAUAUGCACACUUAAUAUAUACAUAU